AUGACCGAAUACACGAAGAGGCGAGUCCUAGCAGAGACAGCGCGUCUCUUCGAUCCGCUGGACUGGCUGGCUCCAGUAAUUAUCCGCGCGAAGAUCCUAAUCCAAUCCGGCUGGCUACAAGGACUGGAUUGGGAUGCUCCGCUUCCACCAGUCGAUACCAAGCAAUGGCGGCUCCUUCUCGAGGAGCUUCCGCAACCCGAACACAUACGGAUUCACCGCUGGCUUCGCACGGGAGAGGAAGCCUCAACCCUCCAAAUACACGGUUUCGCGGAUGCCUCUGAAAGAGGCUACGCAGCCGCCGUGUAUCUCCGCACCGUGACCGAUGGCACCGCGACGAUUCACCUCCUAGCUGCAAAAACGCCAAUAUUUCUAUGGUCCGACUCCAAGGUCACCUUCUAUUGCAUCCAAGGAUACGCCUCAAGGUGGAAAACGUACGUGGCCAACCGAGUUGCCCAGAUCCAUACGCUGCUUCCGAAGACCCAGUGGAGACACGUACCUGGACGAGAAAAUCCAGCCAACUGUGCGUCAAGAGGAAUAGCUCCCAGCGAGCUAGCGCAUCAUCAACUGUGGUGGACUGGUCCCGCCUGGCUUCGGAAGGACGAACUCUGCUGGCCGGAAAGGAACCUGGAGGCUCCCAAGGGCGAAAUGCCCGAGAAGAAAGCGACCACGCACCACGCCGCUGCCGACGUGGAAACUGAGCCUAAAACUUUACUCAGAUGUUCCUCGCUGCACCGGCUUCUCAGGGUGACAGCGUGGUGCCUUCGAUGGCGACGCUCAACCGCUCGCGAGCGACUUCUCAGCGACGCUACACCAGAGCCGGUUCUCAAACCGGCCGAGUUAGAUGAAGCGCUGCAUCGAUGGCUCCGCGUGGUGCAAACAUUGCACUACGCCGACGAAAUCGCCGCUAUAAGCGCCAACGGCAUCGUCGCCCAUCGCAGCCCUCUAUCAAAGCUGAAUCCAUUCAUGGAUCACAACGGCGUUCUGAGAGUCGGAGGGAGACUAAAGCACGCCAUCCUGUCAAACGACGAACGACACCCGAUGAUCGCCCCAUCGACUUCCUGGCUAACUCGACUUCUAGUGGACUCGUGCCAUCAGAGAACGCUACACGGCGGAGUACAGCUCACACUGGGCUUCAUCAACGCUACUGGAUUCCGCGAGGACGGGCCGUCGUCAAGAAAUUGCUUUACCGAUGCGUAA